UUUUUUUUAUUUUAGUUCAGUUUUCAAUAUAGUUUAAGAAAUAAAAAAACAGCGUUCGUUGGCAUCAUACAAUUGCAUUAAACUAAAAGAAUUGCAGUUUAUAAAGUUUGUUUAAACAAAAACUAAAUUUUAAGUAUCAAAAAAAAAUUCCUUUCAACAAUAUUUAAAUCUUUAACGAAAUUAUAGUUGAAAUUCAAAAUUCUUUGUAUUUAUUAAAUUAAUAAUUUAUUAUUGAAAAUUUUAUGAACUCUUUAACAAUUUUGCAAUAAUGCAUCGAGCACGUGAUAAUGAUAUGAUUAACGAACAAAAUCCUGAUAAUUUUCAAGAGAACAAUGAUGAAGGUGUUGUAAUGCCUCAACUGGAUGUCGACGUUAUUGAUUAUGGUGAUGAGCAAACUGAUACUAUAGCCUCAAAAAUAUUAAAAACUUCGAUAAGUGAUCAGGCUUUAAAUACAUUAAAUGAUUUACGGUGCAAAAAUUUACUGUGUGAUGCUGUUAUAUCCGUACCUGAUGCCUGUUUCAAUGUACAUCGUGCUAUAAUGAGUUCAAGUAGUUCAUAUUUUAGAGCACAAUUUACAGGCUUUAAUUCGACGGAAGUGAAGAAUUUAACAGAAGAAACCCGUCAUGUUCAUAUACCUGGAAUGAGCGGGAGUAUUAUGGAACAAAUCAUUCAAUAUGCAUAUCUACGCAAAUGCACAAUAAAUGCCGAUAAUGUUCACGAGCUCUUGAUAUCAGCCGAUUAUGUUGGUAUUAUUGGUUUGGUAACGUUGUGCAAACAAUAUUUAGCACAAAUGCUAACACCGGAGAAUUGUGUCAGUAUAAUGGGGUUUGCCAGAUUUCGCUUUUUAGAUGAUUUAUAUGCCAAGGCCAGAAAUUACUUAUUACGUUAUUUCAUUGAAGUGGCUUCUAAAAAUAAAGAUAUCUAUGAAAUGCACUUAAACGAUUUCUAUGACAUUAUAAGUGAUGACGAGCUAAAUACACGUGAAGAAGACCAUGUUUGGAAAUUGUGCCUUAAAUGGAUCGACCAUGAUCCAGAAAAUCGCAAACAUCAUGUGGCCCAAUUAAUGCAGGGUGUGCGUUUAGGUUUAAUGACUCCCAAAUGCUUCAUGGAAGAAGUCAAGGAACAUCCAUAUGUUCUACAAAGUGAAGAGGCUAAACCCCUUAUUGUGGAAACAUUCAAGUUUAUGUAUGAUUUGGAUAUAAUGAAUCCCUCAUCGGGAGAGCUUACUACACCUCCCCUGGCUAUGCCACGUUUACCACACGAGGUUAUAUUUGCCAUAGGAGGUUGGAGUGGCGGCACCUCCAAGGGCUGCAUAGAGACCUAUGAUACCCGGGCGGAUCGAUGGGUUAAUAUACCGGCUGAUGAUCCGGCUGGACCGAGAGGCUAUCAUGGCACUGCAGUUAUAGGCUAUAAAAUUUACUUAAUUGGCGGUUACGAUGGUGUAGAAUAUUUCAAUACUUGUCGUGUAUUUGACGCAGUCAAGAAAACCUGGAAGGAGGUGGCUCCCAUGCAUUCUCGUCGCUGUUAUGUUAGUGUUGCAGAACUAAACGGUUUAAUUUAUGCCAUGGGUGGCUACGAUGGUCAUAAUCGUCUUAACACUGUCGAACGUUAUAAUCCUAAGACAAAUCAGUGGACCGUUAUAACACCUAUGAAUAUGCUGCGUUCUGACGCAAGCGCCUGUACACUCAAGGGAAAAAUUUAUGCAACGGGAGGCUUUAAUGGUCAAGAGUGCCUUGAUAGUGCCGAAUCCUAUGAUCCAAUUACUAACGUUUGGACACGCAUAUCCAAUAUGAAUCAUCGUCGUUCGGGAGUAUCAUGUGUAUCGUUUCGCGGACAAGUGUAUGUAAUUGGUGGUUUCAAUGGCACUGCUCGACUUUCGACCGGAGAGCGUUACGAUCCGGAAACACAAACAUGGUCGUUUAUACCCGAAAUGAAUCAUUCGCGUAGUAACUUCGGUUUAGAAAUAAUCGAUGACAUGAUAUUUGCAAUUGGUGGUUUUAAUGGUGUAUCGACGAUAUCGCAUACCGAGUGUUAUGUGCCCGAAACAGGCGAAUGGAUGGAGGCUACCGAUAUGAAUGUGGUGCGUUCAGCUUUGACGGCUAACAAUGUGGCCGGUUUGCCUAACAAAAGCGAUUAUAUACACAAAGAACGUGAUCGUUUGAUGGAAGAGCGACGUCAACGCUUGCUAGUCAGUGCUAUUGCUCGCGAAGAUAAUGUAACCACGUCGAAUAUGUCGGUAGAAACACAAGAUGCCUCAAUGGAUGAUUAUGACACACCCAACGAAGAUGCAGAUGACGAAGAGGAUGUACUUCAGGAUCUACCUCAAAUACAACAAGGACCACAGGGAUUAAAUGACUUAAAUAAUGACAACAAUAUUAAUGAACCAAAUAGACGUUUUCGUUUACAAAUGAGAAAUCAACGUCCUGGUUCACAUCACGAAAUAAGAAGACGGUAAUACAUACAAAAGUUGUCCUAAACUAAAAUAUUGAUAAAUAUAAGUAAUGCGUAAGAAAGGAAAACGUGUUAUUUAAUUUAAUAAAACUAAAUUAUUUUUUUAAAUUUUACUAUAACUAAACAUGAAUUGCCAACAAAGUAAAUUGAUUCAUAUAGAACAAAAUAUCGAAAGUUAAAAUUUUAGAAACAAAAUUAAAAAAUAUGUACAAUUUUUAUAAAAAACGAAAAAUUCAAAUUAAUAAACUGUGAAAAAUA